AUGAGCGCACGUGAAGAGAUGGCUCAGGAGGAGGCUUGCUACCCUAAAGAGAUAGAAGCUCCGCAGCGCACCGAAACCCAGCCGCUCGAAACCGCUGAGCCCGCUGUUGAAGCAGCAGUGACGGCGGAGACUGCCGACGCCAACGAGAAUGCUGAGGCGCAGGACGCCGAGGAACGACUCGCGCAGGCACGUGCAAAGGCGGCCGCGGCAAAGGUGGCUGCCGAGCAACGUCGCGCCUCGCGUAGGUCCAUGGACUCCGCCUCCGCACUCAGCGAUGCCGACCGACAGCAGUCGGCCGCCGCCCGUCGUGGCUCCAUUCGCUCUGUUCUCCAAGCCAUUGAGGAAGCGGAGAAGGAGCUUAAGGAGCUCGACACACGGGAGCAGAAUAUGGAUGAGAGACUCCAGCUUUACAGCGAUGUGAUUGGCCUGCGCAAGGAGCUGCAGGUUGUCAGGGAAGACGCAGAACGCGCGAGCACCCAGCUUCAGAUGGCCGAUGACCUUGUAGCGAACCAAGACCCCACUGUUGAGCGCGAUGUUGCCCUUCUCGAGGAGGAGGCGCAGCGGUCGACGGUUCAACAGGUGUGGACGAGCGAGUGCCAGCGUAGCCCCGGUGCGAAUACGGACGACGACACCACCUCAUGGCUUAAGGUGAGUGUUGAGAACGUACCGGAGCGCCUGCGGGUGGCGACGGAGAAGUUCCGCGCCGCCGACAAGAAGGCGGCGGAGCUGUACAGCAGCCAGGAGAAGCACAUCAACACCAACACCGAUGACCGCGACAAGACAAAGCAGAAGAUGCGCGAGAGCGUUCAGGUGGAGUUGAAGCAGCUUGCCGAGACCCGGGCGCGGCUGAAGCAGGUCGACAACGAGCAGUGGCACCAUAUCCGCCGUGGGACGCACGUGAAGGAGCGGCAGGUGGCGCGGNGACCCGGGCGCGGCUGA